UCUUCAUGAUGUACGGAUAUACUACAAAUGAAAACACUUCUCAUGUGUAUGAUUAUUCUAGUGAAUACAUAAGUCACUUUUCAUCAUUCUCUUCCCCAACCCCUUUGAUCAUUCCUUCAUCGGAAAUCGGUUAUAACCAGGUUCGAAAUCAUCGAUCCGCCUCUGAUUAUAAUACUAGUACUGAAUGUAGUAGCUAUGGUUCUUCUAGUUCAGUCACAAGUUAUGGAAUGAAUGACCAUAGUUUGAUUCCAAGAAACAUAAGCAGUCACUCACUUGUAAAUAACAUGGAGGGAUUUUGCCCACUUGUUUCUUCCCCACCAAAUUUUCUUGACUCAGAAGGUAGCUCCAUCAGAAAGGUUUUUAGCACUGGUGAUUUGCAGGGAAUGCAACAAAAUCAGCAGUCAGAAAGUCCCCUAUCAAAUGAGAGUAACAGCAUAAUCGAAGGAAUGACCAAAGGUUGCAAGUACAGUCCCGAAGAGAAGAAGGAGAGGAUUGAGAGAUACAAAAACAAGAGAAAUCAACGAAAUUUUAGCAAGAAGAUUAUGGUAAUAUAUUUUCUUUUAGGGAUUCAAAAACCUUAGAGCAACCUUUUCUUUAAGAAAAGAUAUUUAAUAAGAGUGAGUA